AUGGAUUCGGAUACGGCUUCGACUACGUCUUUCGAGAAGAUGAAGUCGGAAACAUCGGUCGAGAGUCUCGUCAGGCAUGAGACUUGGGACCAGGAGAAGAAUGGAGGAGAGGAGGUGGUUGCUAAUAUGGAGACAAUUGCCUUGAAGGCAUUGCAUGUUGACGAUGACCCGACCUUGAAUCCAUGGACAUUCAGAAUGUUCUUCCUUGGAUUUGGUCUUUCUGGCUUUGGCUCUGCUCUCGCAACAAUUUUCUUGUUCAAACCUCAGUCGGUCUCGGUGUCUGUAAUUUUCUUGACUGUGAUCAGCUAUGUUGCUGGCAAUGCGAUGGCGGUGGUCCUGCCAAACAAGGGAGUUGUCGGUCGAUGGUUCAAUCCUCAUAGCUUCAACUCGAAAGAACACCUGGCUAUCGUUAUCAUGUCCAGUUCUGCUUCUGGAGCAGCUUAUGCUACCGAGGUCCUUGCCACUCAGAAACUAUACUACAACAUCGUACCAAACGCUGUUGUUGCUAUCUUAUUGUUGCUCUCAUCACAGCUACUUGGCUAUGGUAUGGCGGGCGUUUUGAGAAAGUCUUUGGUCUACCCAACGAAGAUGUUGUGGCCCAGUAUUCUGCCACUCAGCUCUCUCAUCGAAACACUUCAUCGAGACAAAUCAGAGAUGAGGAAGAAGUUCAACUUCUUUUGGAUCAUCUUUGGUGUUGUUGCCGUUUGGGAAUUGUUUCCACAAUAUGUCAUGCCUGUGUUGACAGGAGUCAGCUUCUUCUGCUUGGCUAAUAGGAACAGCUUGGUCUUCACCAACAUCUUUGGAGGCGCCAGCGGAAACGAAGGCUUGGGACUUCUUGCGCUCUCUUUCGACUGGCAAUACAUCACCACAUCAUCUCUCUUCUUACCGUUGAUUACACUUACCAACAGCUUUAUCGGAUUCGUGAUCUGUACCGCGAUGUACAUUGGUCUCUACUAUGGCAACGUGUGGCAAGCGUUGCAAUUUCCGUUCCUCUCACAGUCGCUGUUCUCUCCAAGUUCCAACUCAACAGCUUUCGCCGUCUAUAACCAGUCAGCUAUCUUAGACGUCAACAACGAGUUGAAUGUUGCUGCACUUGAAGCUACAGGCAUUCCAUUCUUUGCCACAACCAAUGCCGCCUACCUUCUGACAACAAAUCUUGGCAUCACCGCGACUGUCAUGCACAUCAUCCUCUGGAACCGUGAAGCAGUCAAUCAAGCUUUCACCGGACUGAGUCUUGCUAAGAUUCGUGCCUACAGACCUAACCUCAAGUUCUGGCAGAGAUCUCACGCCAACGGUGGAAUGGAGAAACUCGACGAUGGUACAUCAGACCUCGACCCUCACUACAAGCAAAUGUUAGCCUAUAACGAGGUCCCAGCUCUUUGGUACAUCGGUAUCCUAGGCGUCUCAACGGUCGUUGCACUUUUCUGCAUCUACAACUUGAACUCGACACUUCCAUGGUGGGGCUUUUUCAUCGCAUGUUUGCUGUCUUUCCUCAGCACGCUUUUCUUUGGAGCCUUGGCUGGGUUGAUCGGAUUCAACGUGCCAAUCACCAGUGUCAUUCAAUUGAUCGGAGGAUAUCUGCACCCAGGAAAACCCGUUGCUAACAUGUACUUUGUACUUUUCGGUGCGAAUGCUCAAGCUCAAGCCCUCUACUUGGUCGAAAACUUGAAGCUGGGACAAUAUGGCAAGCUCAGCCCGAAAUGUACCUUCACUGUUCAGAUCAUGGGUACCGUCUUCGGUGCUAUCAUCAACUAUGUUUUGAUGAGCUCCAUCACCACCAGUCAACGAGAGAUUCUGCUGUCAUUGGAAGGUACAAACAUCUGGUCUGGCCAAGUCAUCCAAUCGUUCAACUCAAAUGCAAUUGCUUUUGGAGCUCUCUCGAAAUACAUGUUCAGCAUUGGGCGCACAUAUCAAUGGAUCGUCCUCGCUCUCCCAAUCGGCUUCGCAAUUCCCCUCCCCUUCUACAUCGCACAUCGCAACUUCCCCAAAGCAGGCUUCGACUACUUUAUCACUCCCGUGAUCUGCUGGUACCUCGGCUACCUUAGUGUUGGUAUCAACUCUUCCGUCAUGAUGUACUUCGCGAUUGGAUUCUUUGUCCAGUUCUUUGUGAGGAAGCGGUACCCUGAGUGGUUCUUGAAGUACAACUAUAUCUUGGCUGCUGCUAUCAGUGGUGGUACUGAGCUGCUGGUGUUCGUCACUACAUUUGCAGUUCAGGGCGCAAGCGGUGUUGCUAUUCCUUUCCCACCAUAUUGGGGCAAUAACUUCCAGAAAGGAAACUUCGAUUUCUGUGCCACAAAUCCCGCUUUGGCGGGUUGA